CUCUGGCCGGUUUCCGCGGUUCUUUCACUUCUUACCUCCGUGAAAAAGACGCUUCCGUUGCUACUAUUUCUUUCUUUGUCCACAGAGACCGUGGCUGUCUUCCCAGGCCAUGUCCGGUGUCCCGUCACGAACUGUCCAGUGUGAAGUGUGAUAGUAAGGGGUACGCUUAGUUUUGUGCUGCUGGUGCUUCGUCCAUUUAUCCGCGGAAAAGUGCAUCCAGACUCACACAACUUUCUGUUCAGUCGCGCGGGCAAACGCGUAAAAACGCCGCAAGCGCUCCGCUGCGACGUGUCCGCUAGCUUUCUGGGCUGCGCGUUCUUGACAGCUGGAAAUGUUUUAGAACGGUUUUUUCGCACUUCCGUGGUCCAGCAGUUCGUCUUGUUUCAACAACGAAUCUGCAGCAAGCCUCUCGUUUUUGUAAGAUAGGUUACUUCCUUUCAUUCUGAAAGACGCACUCGUUCUGCGUCCGUCACCUUCCGGCGGCGUUCGCUUUUCUCGCGAUUUCCCGAGUUGCGAGCCCACUCGACACCCACUUCCGAAAGCACUUUCAUGUGCACAUUCGCCACACAUUACCACGUACGCGGUGCAGAAAAUCUCAGCUGUCAGUUCGCUCGUGUGUGUGCUGGUCCGCGCGCCGUCGCUUCUCAGCUGUAUGUACACCUGAAAAACGGCUCGGGCGUUCGUCCUUGACGCAUUGGAAGGAUUCAACUUUUUACACCGGCGUUUUUCUCGCCAGUCUACUUGCCUCGGCAGUCGGCUCGUUUGCGCCCCCUUUCUCGUCCCCAUCUGCUGCAACUGACUGCGAAACUCUGCCCUUCUCCAUGGCGACUCUUGCGGCUUCUUCGGCUGCGGGGCCGCCCUCGUCGCGGCUUACCUCUGUCCAUCACUACGAGGGCGAUUCUCCGCCCGCGGGGCACGCGAUUUACGAAAAGAACGAGCUCUCCGCUGCGCUCUCGCCGUCUGGAUUCGCGGACCACUCCCAAACCAGCUUCCUCCCCCAGGAAGUCGCUUCGAUGGCCGAGGCACCGCAUGCGCCGACGUCUGAACACUCGCGCCGAGUUGAAAAAACAGAGUCUGUCGCGUCUCUCCUCAGCGGCAGCCCGCGCGGCGCUGUUUUUCUCGCGCCGGACGUCGUGGGCCGGAGAGACGAGAGAGACUCACGGCGCGAGAAACGGCAGGCCCACGCGCAAGCACAAGAAGGCACGCAAGUCCACGGCCGACACGACGCCGCAGGCGCUGGCGGGAGUAGAUACGCUGGAAGAGAGCGGGAAGAAGCUUCUCUUUACGACGACCCCGCGGCGUGUGCGUCGCUGUACCGGCGGAGACAACAGGCGCACCACAACUUGUUUGAUGGAGCUGAAGGAGACGAUUGCUCUGCGUCGAUCACAGGGAGCUUUCGCGGAAAGGUCGCCCGCCCAGAGCUCAGGAUGGAGGACAUCGAGAAAGGUCGACGGACGCGAGAGUUUGAAGCCCGCAGAGCCAGCGAUCUCUCCAAGACAGCCUCCACAACCGAGGGAUGGAGCUCCCCAAACAGGAGCUCUCUCGACUGGCAGCCGUUAGAGCCGCUUUCUGACGAACGGCGCGCGCCGGCGGGCCUCCGAAGCAGCGCUGGCAGGCAACACGAAAUUCCUCGCAUCAGCGAAGAAGCGGAAAGUCGGAGAGAAGAUACACCUCUCCAACUCGAAUGCGCAAACAAGCACUGGCAACCUCAUGCACGAGAAGACGCGGACACGCAGACCAGACAAGCGUCGCGAAGUUCGCCGGGUGUGCGUACACUUGCGCCUGCGGCGCCCGUGAGUCGCCCUGCCCGGCUUUCGGGUCUCUCCCUCGCCGAAGAGUGCUGCGAGUUUGACUCCGCGUCUCGCGGCGCGUUCUCGCCGUCGGCUUUAUCGCAUUUUUCUCAGAGGCUCCCCACGAAAGAGGGAGGAGAAGCGCCCUCCGAGCGGUCUCGCUCCUGCUCGUCCUGCUGCAUCUGUGAGGAGCUGGAGCGCGGGGGAAGUUCGCCCACGUCACCGUCCGCCUUCUCCGUCGCGACCUCGGUCGCUUCGCGGCUUGCUUUCUCUCCCAAAAGAGACGAAAGAAACACGCGGGUGAAGCAGAUCGAGGCUCUGCGGAGCACAGGCAGCGUCCUGCCUGUCUCCGAGGCGAUGAGCGCCGCUGUGGAGGCCGCCGCGGUUGCCUCGCACCGUGGAGCGAGGAGACAGGUGUUGUGGGGUGAGGAGCCCGACGAGCGGGACGCGUCGUCUUGCUUGGAGACUCAGGAGCUGCCUUAUCCUCUUUCCCAAAUGUCACGCAGCCGAAAGCGCGACGGCUCGAACAAAGCCGAGGAAACGCGAAGUUGUCAACCUGCUCGGCUCCUGCCGCAAGGCAUUCCGUGGCACAGCAGCGCAGCGAGUGUGCUCAGUGCUCGCUCUUCUCACAGUCAAACGCAUCCGCUUGGGUUCGUCGCGUCUCCUCAAAGUCCGUGCUCUCCCUCGGCGUUCUCUGUCGGAGGGGAAAGCGUCUGCAGAGAACAGACAGCUCGCGAAAGAUCUCUGGCGCAAUUUCAAGGAACUGGUGACAUUUUUGCGAGCGAAACUCGCGGCAGACACCCGCCACUUCCUCCCCGAAGUCACACAACUUCCGCUGGACAGACAGCUAGAGAGGAAGCGGAGAGACGGCGAGAACUCCAGCGCGAAAAUCCGUGGUACACAGACAUGUUCGCGAGGGAGACGCCUGUCUCUUCUCGGCUGGGAACGGCACAAGGCAUGUGGGGAGAGGAGAGCAGCAAAGGAACUCCGCGCGCCGGCAUUUCUCGUGGAGAUACACUCGACAGGGAGGCGGCGAACCGAAGAAGAACGCAGAUGUUGGAAUCCAGAACCGCCCAUGAGAGAUUCGUCAACGCAAUGCAGUCCAGCGUGCUCCCCUCUUCCUACUCGCCGGCGUCGUCGCAACACCUGCAACGCGCAGAGCAGGCGCGGACGUCGCUGCUCAGAGAGAAACACCAAGACCAGGAGCGGCGCCAGCGACUCCAAGAGGCGGUUGAGAGCGGGGACGGCAGGCUGUUCCACUCCGUCACAGCAGAGGAGACAAAUCUUCCGGGGGCAGGCGCCGAGAAAGUCCGCAAUGCUGCAAGUCAGCGCGCGAGCAAGGUAGUGGAACUCGAUCUCUCUGGAGUCCGAGAGGACAUGACAGAGGAGAAGCUGCGGCAGAUCUGCGUCGCGGGUGUCCAGAGAGCCUCCGUUGGGCAUUCUGCGUCUGGCGAGAACGGGGAGGAAGGAAACGUCUCGAGGGACAUGAGAGAAAAUAGCGGCGUUCCUUCUCGCCUUAACUGCGUCCUGAAAGUCUCGCUCGCGCGGGAUCUACUGACAGGACAGUGCAAAGGGACAGGCCGCGUGACUCUCAGAUGCUACGAGGGUCAGAGAGAAGAAGAAGAAGUAGUCCGGCGUCUGUACAGCGCAAACAUCGGCGUCCGACUCAGACAGGUGACAGUAGACAGGCCGCCUCAGAGCUCGUCCAGAAGUUUCGCGAGUCAUCGGUGAAGAGCGAGUGAAGAGAGAAAACCAACGCUGCAAAAGAUUUCCCUCGAACAACAAGCGACAAUGCAGCCUCGAAGAAAGUGCCGAUCCAGGGAGACGCGUCUGUUCACGCAAGGAAAGGAAAAAGUCACUCCAGAGAAGGGACAAACGAGGCUACUGGACGAGAAGAUUGUGUAGGAAACGAGCGACAAAACAUUCUGUCUCCAGUUACGGGUGUUGCCGAGUGGGCCAGCGGGUCUUGUGGACGCGAGGGAAUCUGCAGCGAAUGUUGGUCAUUUGAGGGAUUUCUGCCUUCUGCCUCUCCGCGAAGGCUUUGGCUAAGUAGCUGUCUUUUUUCUGCUCCAGAGGCGUUGCCCUCUUUCACAAGAUUCCGCAGAAAAUCAUUCUUCGUCGCCAUGUACGCCUGAACCCAGUUCAGGUGUCUCCUCGUCGAACCUCGUAUCGCGCCUCUCGCUUUGCCGGUUCGGCGGAAGAGACAGAAAAACACUGGCUGAGCCUUUGCUUGUUCUACCGAACUGAGUUGUCUUCGAUGUGUGGUAAGUGAAUGCAGUGGCUGUGCUUCUGGAAAACGCGAAAUCGGGAGAAGAGCGCCCCAAAACUUCGGCGAGAGCACUCUCCUCUUUCCUCUCAUAACAGAGUCGCGCUAUACGUACACCCCUCGUUACCGUAGACAGCCUGGGAUUUCUGGCUUCGGAAAGCGAUUUUUUAGUGGAUAGAAAGUCUGCAUGUGGACU